UGUUGAAGAAGUUUCAAUGGACAAGUUGAGGAAGAAGAGCAGCUUGUUUUUUCAUGACUUUGAAGAUGAUGAAUCAAUGAUAGACAAUGAUGGUGAUUAUUUUGAAGAGUACAUAGAAAAUGAAACUGAACUUUCUGUAAGUUAUACUACAAGAGUUAUUGGCAAUCUUUCCUGUAUUUGUUGGUCAAGACUGCAACAAUUGCAUACAUGUAUAUUUUUUAAGGUUGGGGAUGGAGCCAGAAGAGAAGGAAUUUCUCUUGCUGGAACAUCGGGGGAUAAAGAAGCAUUAGCAUCAGCUGAGGAUGUAUGUCUAUCCUUCGGUGGUAAUUUGGGUAUAUAGGCCUUCAAAAUAUUGACAAAUUCCUCCACUCAAGGCUGCAUUGAAAGACUUACAAAUAAAUCUGGUAUCCCCAGUAUGGAAGAUAUUGAAGAUGAAGCUGAGCUUGCUAGAGCAGUACCAGAGAAUAUAACCUUGGAGAUGUCAUCUCCAGCUGUUGAGAGAGUAGUUCGGAUUCCUCAAGAUUUAGACCAAUUCAAGGAUCGCUUUAUAUGUGAAAUAACUGAGAUAGCUGAAUGUGGUUCACUUUCAGGAACUGACGGUGUUUUCCGGCUUGUCUCUUUUGAAAUGGAAACAAAAUGUUCCAUCUGGGGUUUACCACAUGUGAGAAUAAAUGGAGAAAAGGCAAGGAAAGGAAGACCACUUGGCAAAAUGAGGGAAUGGCGUUUGGAAACUCCCUUUGGUUCUUUUCGUUUAGUCCGAUUGUAUUCCCAAACAUGAAAU